GGCCAGAAAAAUGCAGCAGAUUGUUUCUAAAAGGAGGAUACAAGAGGCUUUGAUAUGGAUAUGUUCGCUGCCUUGCAAAGACACAGCACUGGAGAAGCUCUUUAUCAGUGUCAAAUUAUGACAAAUGACAAUGGGGGAAAGUCACGGAGCUGCGGAACAUUGUCGCAGCUGCAACACCUUGGAAAUUAUACAGGCCUGCAGUAUGUAAAUGAACUAAUGCCACCAGUGUUACAAUUGGCUGAGUUACUCCUGAGGUCACAAUCCCAUGCCUUGGUCCAUCUGUCCCUCACCAUUGCCCUGACAGGAGGACUUCUGGGAAUGUGAUGGAGGACAUGUCCGCUUGAGGGACUCACUCAAGAUACCACUGACUCACAACUGCUUUUCACCCUGCUACUUCAGAUGGCAAACCAGAUCCAAUCAUUCUUUGAGAGAAGCACAAUGGCACUGUGUAAAGAAGAGACUAUUCCAAUGACCCUGGACAUGCUGAUGAGUAAAAAAGUGGAGACAAAUAAUCCUCAAGCCAGAUGCCUCCUCUCGACGCUGGCAUCGGCCAUGUGCAGCCAACAUGCAUCAGAUGUGGAAAAACUGCAGCAAGAACUGAAAAACGUGCAGAAGGACAUGAAGGAUUUCAAGCAAGAGGUGACAAAGGUGAUCUGUAAAAUAGAGGGCACCCUCAGCUACAUGAUGGAGGUGGUAACGAGACUUGAAACCAGAAGCAACUGUGUGGAGCAGCAGCUGAGGGAAGAAGAAGACAGAGGCAUAGUACGGAACAAAGUACUCACAUUCUUGCUGCCGAGGGAGAAAGAACUGCGGGAGAAAUGUGCUGAUCUAGAGAGGAGGCUUUGGAGGAAAAAUGUCUAGGCAAUAAUGCUGUAUCCUCCACCUUCUUAAUCUCUGCUGAACCUCCAAGAAGGCUCCUAUUGUCUGAUUGAG